UUUUAAAAUUUGAACUGACCGUUAUUGUACAAAGAAAUAUGCAAUUUUAUGCUUAUUGUCGCGUAUUCUGAUCAGUCAUUGCAAAAUUUGUGCAGAAUGCAGAAAAUUAGAUUACGCAAAAUAAUAUUAAUAGGGAAUUUAAGAGAUGUGAAAUAAGAGGAGUGCAUCGAUACAUUUUGACUGUGAGCAGAGACCAUGUGCAGCUCCUUGAGCCCAAAACAGCAGCAGCAGCCGGGGCCCGGCCUGACGGACCUGCACCAGUACAGCCAGUGGUUGGCCAGCCGACAUGACGCCAGUCUGCUACCCAUGCAGGAGGACCUGGCGCUGUGGCUCACCAGCAUGCUGGGCCAGGUGAUCACGGCAGAGAGCUUCAUGGAGCAACUGGACAACGGCUUCCUGCUGUGCCAGCUGGCCCAGACGCUGGAGGGGAAGUUCAGAGAGAGUGAAGCCGGCAAGACGCUCCCCAGCCGAAGGAUCCCCUGCCGUGCUAGCGCCCCCUCUGGCUCCUUCUUUGCCCGGGACAACACAGCCAACUUCCUGUCAUGGUGCCGUGAAGUGGGGGUGGAUGACACCUGUCUAUUUGAGUCUGAGGGCCUGGUUCUCCACAAACAGCCACGGGAGGUUUGCCUGUGUCUGCUGGAGUUGGGCCGCAUCGCCACCAGGUACAAAGUGGAGCCUCCGGGGCUAAUAAAACUGGAGAAGGAGAUUGAACAGGAGGAGGCAGUCCCCCUACCUCCCCCCUCACCUGCCUCGCCCUCCCCAGUCAAGUCUCCUGGCAGGAAGAGCACAGGCAAGCUACUGGAUGAUGCUGUGAAGCACAUCUCAGAGGACCCCCCUUGCAAGUGCCCCAAUAAGUUCUGUGUGGAGAGGCAGUCCCAGGGCCGCUACCGCGUUGGAGAGAAAAUCCUCUUCAUAAGGAUGCUGCACAACAAACAUGUCAUGGUGCGUGUAGGGGGUGGCUGGGAGACAUUCGAGGGAUACCUCCUGAAGCACGACCCCUGCCGCAUGCUGCAGAUCUCCCGCGUGGAGGGCAAGAUCUCCCCCGUGGCCGGCAAGAUGCCCAACUUCAAGGAUCUUGCCCCCGACAGCUACCUCGUGGUGGCUGCUCAUCACAGGAGCAAGAAAUAGGGAGGGAACCUCCCCAUCCCAUCACCAGGAGUGGAACAUCCCAGAUGAGCUGAUAUCGUUCAUAACUGACACUUGGACUGACCAAUCAGGUUCCACUUUGGGGCAGUACCUGGGUGGCGUCUUCCCAGUUGAGUGGAGCAGGAUGGUUAGGAGUGAACGUUUUAUUCUAAUUUUUAUUACUAUUGUAGAAGAACUAUAGCAAUGGUUGCCUGUAGAGAUAGAGGUGUAGGCAGGAACACGCAACUUAAUCUGUGUCAAGAUGAUGAACUGAACAUAUGUUUAAGUUUCUGGAGAGACGUUCUCCCACUGCCUGUUAUAACCUGCGGCUGGGGGGAGCCGGUUUGAAACAUAACGGCCUUAGAAUUGAAAGUUUGUUACCCUCUGCUCCCCUGCUUAUAAACAUGACCCAUGCAAAGAUUCCUUAGCCUUGCUCUGCCUACAAUCAGCAUGACAUGACAUCUGAGGCGAGUUUGCAAUGGGGCUCCGACUCCAUACUUUUCCCGUCUCGGUGUUUCCAUAAACAAAAAAGUCUGUGUUUCCACAGCUCAGCUCCUCAGGGUUUGAGCAACUAAGCCAGCAAGGUGAUUUGCCAGUAAGGUGACCAGUUCCUCAUUAAUUUGUGAGAGCCGGUGUCCCAUUCUGCUCCCAGAAGAUCUGCAUCUCCAUGAUCCUCACCUACUAGAAGCUGGCCUCUAGUGUUAAGACCUCUGGACUGGUUCCUACAGGUAUCAAGAUUUCCCAGUCCUGGUCUUGGAUGAUGGACAGUUAGGCUUGUUUGAGCUUUUGAUAGAAUUAUGUUUUUCAUUAUUAUAGAAAUGAAACACAAAAAUUAACUUCUUAAGCUUUUCAUAUUUGUGUUCCUUAAAAGUAAUAACCUAUAAUUGUAAUUGUCAUUAUUUCAUCUUUCUUUUUUUCAUUAAUGAUUACUUAAUGAGUUUCUUGCCAUUGAGCAUUUAAUAUAAUCACUGAUUAAACGAUUAAGCCGACACCUUAUUUAUGCUGCAUAUUUUGAGGGCUGUAAAUAAAUCACACCUAUAUAGAACAUAUCUGACAUUAUUAUUAGCAAAAGUAUCCCUGUUUCUUUAAAGUGUCCAUAUCUUUUUAACCUAAGUGGGGACAUCUAGGCUGAUCAUUUUCAAUACUCUAAUCAAACAUAAUUAAUUGAGGAAUUAACCUGAAUGAAAUUCUCUCCUUACUGUGAAAUGCUAGGACCAGGAUUAGGAAAUUCCCAAAAUAUCGCGUCCUUCCUUUUACCCAGAGGUUAAUGAUGUUAAUAAUGAUGUUGCAAAAUGCUGUUCGUCACUAGCUGCUUUACCUCACUUUCCAUUUGGAGGUUGACGCUGCACAUUGAUCCCAUCCACCUGGUUCAUACCAAAGACCCAGCUGCUAAUGUGGAUGCGAUUGAGGAAUCACAUGCAAAAUGGACAAUCAGAAGGAUGUUGGAAUGUUCCCCGUACUUUAAUGACACUGAUUACUGUUAGUUGAUACCAAUCAUUAUUAUUGUAGCCUCAGUUUAGAGACUUCAGUGCACCAUCUAGAUGCUCAAAAUGAACAAAGCCCCAUCCUGCUUGCUAAGAGUGAGACUGUCUUGUCGCACUUGCCUUGAAGUGAGAACGAAUGUUAUAAGAAAUGCCAAAUAUGGAUGUUUUUUAAACAUGUACCAGUUCCAGUGCCAGAGCUGGGUAAUUCAAGUACAGAGAGAAAACAUCCAGACCGGGAUUUUGUUUCAACCAACCAGAUGAGUACUCUGUGACUGUGACUCUUUAUACUGAACUGGUUGGUUGAAACUAAAUCUUGGUCUGGACCUUUACGGUCUGGACCUGAAUUAACCACCUCUGUCCAGUGCACACCAAAAUGAGACAAUCACAUUAGCAUGUGGUUACCAUUGAUGGCCUUAUGCAGAUUUUUAUGCCUGAAUCAUUUAAAAUGUGUCCUCUGUAAUGAAAAAUGUUUAUUUCUUUCCUCCUCUCCUUUAUGUAGACUUUUGUCCAUUGAUAGACUUGAUUUGAAAAGUAAAGGAACCCUUUCAUCUGAGUUAA